AUGUUUAGAAAACUUGCAAGAGGAAUAAGAAAAACCUUAAAACCACCACCGCCGCCGCCACGACCACCAUCACUGCCACCACUACCACCACCACCACCUCCUCCACCUUCACCACCACCACCUCCUCCUCCACCACCACCGCCUCCACCUCCAUCUCCACCACCACCACCACCACCACCGCCUCCUCCGCCGCCUCCACCACCACAUUUUCCCUUCCCUCAAACUCAAUCCACAGUUCUCCCUGACCCCUCUACUUUCUUCUCUCCGAACCUUCUUCCUUCUCCACUGCCUACAAACUCUUUCUUUCAAAACUUUGUUCUAAAAGAUGGUGACCAACCUGAAUACAUUCACCCUUACCUCAUCAAAUCCUCAAACUCAUCCCUCUCCCUCUCAUACCCUUCUCACGUCUUCAACUCUUCUUUCAUCACACAAGCUUUCAACCCUGACAUCACCAUCUCUUCCUCUGAAAAGAAAAGCACCCCAGGAUCACAUGAGAAGCACACGAUCUCUUCCUUCAGUGAUCUCAGUGUCACCUUGGACAUUCCCUCUUCAAACCUCAAGUUCUUCCUUGUUAGAGGAAGUCCUUUUGUUACAGCAUCAGUGACAGGUCCCACACCACUUUCCAUCACCACCAUUCAUUCCAUUCUCUCACUUUCGUCCAAUAACUCUCUCACAAAACACACCUUGAACCUCAACAAUGGCCAAACAUGGCUCAUAUACACUUCUUCUCCCAUCACUUUGAACCAUACCCUUUCUGAGAUUACCUCUGAUGGGUUUUCUGGCAUAAUUAGGAUGGCAGUGUUGCCUGAUUCUGACCCUAAAUAUGAGGUAAUCCUCAACAGGUUCAGUUCUUGUUACCCUAUAUCUGGUUGUGCAACAUUCACAAAGCCAUUUUGUGUGGAGUACAAGUGGGAAAAGAAAGGGUGGGGAGAGUUGUUAAUGCUAGCUCACCCUCUUCACCUUAAGCUUUUGUGUGAUAGUGAAUGUGGUGUCACUGUGCUUCAUGAUUUGAAGUAUAGAAGCAUUGAUGGAGAGCUUGUUGGUGUUGUUGGAGACGCAUGGAUGUUGAAAACUGAUCCUGUUUCUAUCACAUGGCAUUCCACCAGAGGUGUCAAAGAAAACCAUGAAGAGAUUUUUUCAGCUCUUUCUGAAGAUGUGGAUGCUCUUAACCCCUUGGCAAUAACAACAACAUCAUGCUAUUUUUAUGGCAAGGUGAUAGCAAGGGCUGCAAGGUUGGCAUUGAUUGCUGAGGAGGUGUCUUUUCUUGAUGCAAUACCAGCAAUCAGGAAGUUCUUGAAGGAGACCAUUGAGCCAUGGUUGGGUGGAACUUUUGAUGGAAAUGGUUUUCUCUAUGAUGGGAAAUGGGGAGGGAUUGUUACCAAACAAGGGUCUAAAGAUUCAGGUGCUGAUUUCGGGUUUGGUAUUUACAAUGAUCAUCAUUACAAUUUGGGGUACUUCCUUUAUGGAAUUGCUGUUCUUGCUAAGAUUGAUCCAGCUUGGGGGAGGAAGUAUAAGCCUCAUGCCUAUUCACUUAUGGCAGAUUUCAUGAACUUGGGAAGAAGAUCAGACGCUAAUUACACACGAUUGAGGUGUUUUGAUCUCUAUAAAUUGCACUCUUGGGCUGGAGGGUUAACUGAGUUUGCUGAUGGAAGAAAUCAGGAGAGUACUAGUGAAGCUGUGAAUGCAUAUUAUUCAGCAGCAUUGAUGGGUUUGGCAUAUGGUGACACUCAACUUAUUGCUACAGGAUCAACACUUGCAGCAUUGGAAAUUCAUGCAGCUCAAAUGUGGUGGCAUGUGAGAGAGGAAGAUAAACUCUACGAGGAAGAUUUUACCAAAGAGAAUAGGGUGGUGAGUGUUGUGUGGGCUAACAAGAGAGAUAGUGCACUAUGGUUUGCUCCUGCUCAGUGGAGAGAGUGUAGGCUUGGUAUUCAUGUUUUACCAUUGUCUCCUAUUACUGAAGCCUUGUUUUCAGAUGUUGGUUAUGUGAAGGAGCUUGUGGAGUGGACACUGGCCAAUUUGAACAGGAAAGGUGUUGGUGAAGGGUGGAAGGGGUUUAUCUAUGCGAUGGAAGGAAUUUAUAAUAAAGAAAGUGCAUUGCAAAAGGUAAGAAGCAUGAAAGUUUUUGAUGAUGGGAAUUCAUUGACUAAUCUAUUAUGGUGGAUUCAUAGUAGAGGUGAUAUGGAGGAAGCAAUUGGUCAUGGAAAACAUUGCUGGUUUGGCCAUUACUGCCAUUAA